CAGAAUAUACCCCAGAGAAGUUUUGGUAUCGAUUAUGACUGUAACUGCUUUGUCAAGGAUGGGAGCCCUUUCCGUUACAUCUCAGGCAGCAUUCACUACUCGCGGAUUCCCCGCUAUUACUGGAAAGACCGCCUGGUGAAGAUGAAGAUGGCAGGGCUUGAUGCCAUUCAAAUGUAUGUGCCAUGGAACUAUCAUGAACCAAAACCGGGCGUUUAUGAUUUCUCUGGUGACAGAGAUCUAGAGUAUUUCCUGCAGCUUGCUCAUGAAACUGGCUUGUUGGUGAUCCUGAGAGCGGGACCUUACAUCUGUGCAGAAUGGGACAUGGGUGGUUUGCCUGCAUGGCUGCUGGAGAAGGAAUCUAUUGUUCUCAGGUCUUCUGAUUUAGAUUACCUGGCAGCUGUAGGUAAAUGGAUGAGUGUCCUUUUGCCAAAGAUGAGACGUCACCUCUAUCAAAAGGGAGGUCCAAUCAUCAUGGUGCAGGUAGAGAAUGAAUAUGGAAGCUACUUCGCUUGCGACUACGACUACCUGCGUUUCCUUCAGAAGCUCUUCCGCCAGUAUCUUGGAGAUGAGGUGGUGCUGUUCACAACUGAUGGUGCAAGCAAGGCGUUUUUGAGAUGUGGAGCCCUUCAGGGACUUUAUGCAACAGUGGACUUUGCCCCAGGUGUCAAUGUCACAGCAGCAUUCUUAACUCAAAGAGCCAGUGAACCUUCAGGCCCUUUGGUUAAUUCUGAAUUUUAUACUGGAUGGCUGGAUCACUGGGGGCACCGUCAUUCUGUUGUGCCCACACAAACAAUAGCUAAAACCCUUAAUGAAAUCCUGGCACGUGGUGCUAAUGUUAACCUGUACAUGUUUAUAGGUGGGACUAACUUUGGCUAUUGGAAUGGUGCUAACAUGCCCUAUAUGCCACAGCCCACUAGUUAUGACUACGAUGCUCCACUGAGCGAAGCAGGGGAUCUCACAGAAAAAUACUUUGCCUUGCGGGAAGUCAUUGGUAUGUAUAACCAGUUACCAGAAGGCCUUAUCCCUCCAACAACACCCAAAUUUGCUUAUGGGAAGAUUCGCUUGCAGAAGGUUGGUACUGUGGUGGAGGUUCUUAACAAACUCUCAUCUGCUGGACCAGUAAAAAGCACUUACCCGUUGACUUUUGUUCAACUAAAGCAGUAUUUUGGGUUUGUACUGUACAGAACUGUGCUUCCGAAAAAUUGUACAGAGCCAACACAACUUGCUUCACCUUUAAAUGGAGUCCACGAUCGUGCCUACGUCUCUGUGGAUGGGGUUCCUCAGGGUGUCCUUGAAAGGGGUGUAUCACUUACAAUAAAUAUCACUGGGAAGGCUGGAGCCAAUCUGGACAUCUUGGUAGAGAAUAUGGGCCGAGUGAACUUUGGUCGAUUCAAUAAUGACUUUAAGGGUCUAGUUUCAAAUUUAACUCUUGAUCAAGAUAUACUCGUUGAAUGGGAAAUCUAUCCUCUAGACGUAGAUGGAGCAGUGAACCAUGACAUCAAUGGCCAGUCUGAGCAACUACCGACAUCUCUUGGUAAUCCAUCAAGUUAUGAAGCACCCACAUUUUACACUGGUAAACUUUCAAUUCCUGGUGGGAUUCCAGAUUUGCCUCAAGAUACCUACGUCAAGUUUCCUGGCUGGACAAAGGGGCAGAUUUGGAUCAAUGGCUUUAAUCUCGGUCGCUACUGGCCUGCCCGUGGUCCUCAGUUAACCCUUUUUGUUCCAAGCAAUAUCCUUGUUUCCUCGGAGCCAAACAACAUAACGGUGUUGGAGCUGGAGCGGUCUCCCUGCAGCACGCGGGUGUGCGAGAUAGAGUUUGUAGAGACGCCUGUUCUCAACGCAACCACGCCGCGUGCCAGCGAUGCCCCGCUGCUCUUCGUGAGAGACGCGGGGCAGAACCAUCUAGAAUGAUGCGAGUAUUUCCUUGGUCUUUCCCCAACUGGGCUUCCCUUUUUUAAA